AUGGUGGAGGACAUCCAGAAUGUGGUCGAAGAGGGAAUCAUUGAGGUCGUGGAGUUGAAAAGUGAGAAAGAGUAUGCCGAGCAUCUUCGUAUUUUUCUUGGUGUUCUUCGGAAACAAAAUUUGUAUGCUAAAUUUUUUAAGUGCGAACUUUGGUCGAAAUCGGUUGCAUUCUUGGGGCAUGUAGUUUCAAAAGAAAUGGUAGUGGUAGAUCCUCAAAAGAUUGAGGCGAUUAAGAAUUGGGUUUGGCCUAGUUCGGUGACGGAAGUUAGGAGCUUUGUGGGGCUCACUGGCCAUUAUGGCUGGUUUGUUAAGAAUUUUGCCUCCAUUGCUAUUCAAUUGACUAAUUUAACGAAAAAGGAGAUAUCAUUUGAAUGGACUGCUAUAUGCGAAGAAAGCUUCCAAGAGCUCAAAACUCUCUUGACCAUUGCGCCCAUUCUAGGACCAUUGCGUCCAUUCUAG